AUGCGUUUCGAUCGCUGCCGUCGCGACGCUCACAGACGUCGUUUUACCCACUGCUCGUCGACGGUCGUCGGUGGUGGCAAGCGUGCUUGGUCGGUGUCGUGCGUUUCUAUUCCCUGCAGGCUGUUCGCGGCUGUUCGCGGAGGAUGUCGCACCUAUAUCCGUGAGGGUGGCUGCGUUUACCUCGCGACUGGAGGACGGCAGGAGAGACGGAGGAGCGGGAUGGCUUCCGACGCCGAAGCGCAGGAGGCGCAAGAGGCUCAAGAGGCGGCCGACGAGGAGGACCUGAAGAUCUUUGAGACGCUCUGCAUCUCCUCGCCCCGGAAGGUGGACCCAGAUGACGCUAUGACUCACGAUCUGACAACCACUUUGAGAAGCGAGCUGGCGGCCCUCGAGUACAAGCGAGACAGGCUAAUGUCCGAGCUGCAAGAGAUGAAGAGCGUAGUGAGAUCGCGGGACCAGAGGGUCGUGGAGUUGCAGGUGGAAGCUGAUCAGCUUCGUGAGCAAGCGGCCAGGCAAAAUUCCGUGGUCUCGAGUCUCAAGAAGCGCAUUCAGGAAUUGGAGGAGAGGGAGAGGAAUCUGUACGCGAACCAGGGUAGAAGCGAAAUUACGAUCCAAGGACUGCAACGUGACGUCAAGUACCACGAGGAGAAGGUCAGGGAGUAUGACAAGAAGAUUCGACAGUUGGACCACAAUAUAGCGGAGGAGAUCCAAUUAAAGGAGCGCGCACGUUUGAAUCUGCAGGACUUCGUACGGAGAUUGGCACACGCAUUAAACGCCGAGUACUGCGAGACGGCGCACCACAGCCCCGAGACGGUGAUCCACAAGGCUGAGGAACUCAUGCAAGAGGUGAAUCGACUGCGUACGAAAAGCUCGAACGUUGAGACGCAGUUGACGGGAGUCGAGGUGGACUUCAGGACGUGCAGAGACGCCCUGGAUCGCGCCAGCGCCGAGAAAGAUCAACUGCAGAGACAGGUGUCCAACCAGCUGGUCGAUCUGGACCGUUUGCGUCAGGAGAAAGAGUGUUUGGAGAUGCAAUAUAGGGUCGCGGAAAGAGAUACGAACGACCUGAGAGACAAACUUGUGAACACAAACAGAAGCUUAACUAGCGCGACGGGAAACAUAUCCAAUCAGGAAGCAUUGAUCUGCCAAUUACGAGAGGACUUGAAGGCUCGCGAGGAGAAAACGCAACGCCUGCAAAAUGAGUUACGUCACCUCCUGGAGUCCUUGGCGAUCCUCGUCAGUACACCCAGCCGAUUCGUCGAGUCUCAUGAGAACGCGAUCAAGGAUCGUGUUCGGGAGAUCCUGGCCGAUAACAAGGAUCAGUCACUAAAAAUACAAAGUCUCCGUGAGAAGGUGAACUCGGCGACGGAGUCGACGAAUCGGCAGAGUGAGUUGGUCGAAUCCACGAUGAUGAAGGUGCGCAGUUUGGAAGAGGAGCGCGCCGGUUUGGAAGCUAAAAUACACAAGUUGGAAUCCGAACUCACGAGUAGCGAACUCGCUCGAGAGUCUUUACGCAGAGACAAGCAGACGUUCCUAACUUUCCUGGAUCGACUGGGCAAGGCGAUGCAAAUGGACGAGAUCUCUCAGGAGAUCGGGAUCGAUCUUCACACCGAGUCGUUGCUGGUGCGGGCCGAACAACUAGCCAGAUUGGAGACCGACAAACUGGUCGACAAGUAUUUGUGCUGCAGCUACACGACCCUACCGAGGAUUCGGCGCGAGCGAUCGUUCCACGAGCUCCCCUGUCUCAAAGAAACCUCCGUGGUGUAUCAGUUGCAACGACGAGUCCGGACGCUACGAGAGCAACUGCAACGCAGAGACCUGCAUUUGGAUCUUCUACGUAGGAAACUAUCAUUGCAGGAGGACAGCGUGAGGAUGAAGUCACUGUUGCAGAGCGAACGGGACGAGGCCAACAUUCGCGCGAAGAAGCUGGUGAAGCAGGUCGAGCGAUUUCAGGUCCAAUUGUCGGAGGAAAAGUCACGGAAUCGGGAAUUGAGCGCACAAUUGACGGAAGCGGCGGACUACAAGAUAGCUGCGCUGGAACGCAGUCGGAAAAUAGAGGAGCUGCAGAAGCGUCUCGUGGAAAGUGAGAUGCUGCGAACGCGUUACAACAGGAAGUUGACGAUGGUGAAGGAGCAGAUGAGGACGACCGCGGAAACGGCCGAUCAGGAGAGAUCGAUCAACGACCAUUCCCUGCAGCUCCUUCGCGACGAGCUCGCUCAGGUCAAGCAAAAUCUCUCCGAGGUCACAAGGAGAGAAUCCCAGCUUCAGAGCUUCCGUGUCUCCGUGGCGAAGUUAUUGUCGGAGCCAAUCUGUACACCCGAUUACGAGAUCAUUUCGCGGCUGCAGAAAAUGGUCGCGGCUCAUCGCGACUUUACAAUGCUCUCGCGCAGAUACGACGAGCCCUUGGAAACGAGUCCUUCCAGAUGCACCAGCAUCCAUCCGGUUCACCCGCCGAGAUCACCGGGUUCACGCUGCACCCGUUACGAGGACAGCGGAUUCGCGGACCCGCCGGACCUCCAUGACAUCGACGAUGAUUACAGCAAGAGACCGGUGAGAAGCAGCCUUCUUCCGUGACACCGGCCAAGGUUCAAGUUCUAAGCGCGCUCCCUGAAGAGAGAGAUCGCACGAUUUAAGCGUUCGAUCUACUUUACGAAAUCGGAACUUCGAGUUGCGACCUCAUAUGGCCGAACGACGCCACGAAGGGAAACUACUUCGCCUGUGUACAUGUAGUAAAGCGUUACGUUUACUCCGCGUAAACGAGCGACUUUUACGAAGUGGAGAGGACCAUUCGCUCGCAUCCCAGUAACGUAGCUUCGCAAAUCAAGCUGCAGUAUCGCUAUAAGAUCGCUCGUAUGGUUAUCGAGCGAUCGAAUGGCUCGCGACACCAAUCCCGACCGGAAUAAACGUAUGGAAACAUCAAACCAUCGAUCCGUGUUAUUACGGGGGAUGGAAGAGGAAAUCGUUCCGUCUGUGUGAAAUCGCAAUUUCGCGCUAAUUGGCGAGCGUGAGAAAUUUCUAACGGAUCACACGGAAGUGCGAUACAGAACUUGGUGGGUCACACUGCCUCGGGCGAAAACUGUCGGAAGUGUUCAACGAAAAUUAUGGUCAAGUCGUUCGCUACACCGAAAAAAAGGUUUGAUAAAAAAAAGUUUGGUAAAGGUUUGGAUAACCAUCAAGACUGAAUGAUAGUUGCCAGAUGCUUUGGUGAAAUAGUUUCAACUAAACAUAGCCGGAUAUAUAAGCAAAUAAUUUGACAAAAUUUAACAAAUAAUCUUAGCAAGGCUUGUGGUAUCUAUUGCCAAGGCUUGGUACCUGUUGCUAAGGCUUGAUGACCAAUUUAUGUGAUACCAAGCAAUUUGUUAAAUAAAAACUGUAUUGUUUAGUGAUACCACAUUAUGUGAUAAAUAUACGAAACGACCAAAUAUUUUGGUAACAGUCAAACUAUUUAGGAAUUGUUACCAAAUUGUUAACAAGUUAUUUGGUAUUACUUACCAAACCACUUAUUUGGUUUGACUAAACAAAGAAUUUGUUUUGCUAAUCAUUUUUAUAAUUAUUAUCGGACGGUCAGUAACUAUUACCAUACAUGAUACUAAUUAUCAAACGUCACACUGAACUGCCCAACUAAAUGCAUUUGUUAACUGUUACAACACUUUUUUCAGUGUAGCAUUGUGGUGUUAUAGUUAAGAUAAUUUUUCACAAAUAUACUCUCUAAAGUACAGUCAGUGUAUUCUUCACUGAAAUGCUAUACUUGUAACUAGUGGUUCAGUUAUAAGUAUAGCACUGCAAUCAGUAAAACCUCGUUAGUGAAACCAGUUAAUAGCAGCUAUUAUUCUCAUUAUUGAUGCAUUUUGUGGGCACAAAUUAUACGUAAAAAUGCAUGGGAGUCGUCAAUUCCGUCGUUACAAACGCAGAAAGCUGAAUUUACGUAUAUCGUAUAACAAGUUUGUUUAUUACAGAUUUUACAGUGAAAUCUUACUUCUACUGACGAAGCGGGAGUAUGUUGUCACUGAAAAUUAGAGAACAUUUACUGAUUAUUGGGGAAACAGUCCUUUAGCUGAUGCGAUCAGAAACCAUUUUACUGAUUCACUUUAGGAGAGUAAUAUAUUUACGAGCCGGGACCGCGUAGGACUUCGAUUCAUAAACGCGAAUAAAAGAAUCAUUUUACAUGUAUACAAGAGUCGUUCCCGAAAGAACCGACUGGAUGUGCUACUUUGAGUAUUCAAAAAUUGUCAUUAACAAACACGCACACGCGUCGGGAACGAAUAAGAAUAAGCGUGAUGACAAAAAAGUGAAGAAGCGCGCAAAGUAAGCAAGAUGUACGAAAAAGCCAAUUUGUGUAGAGAAAUACGAGUCUCGAACAAUACGAAUCAAAGACUGAAUAAUAAGAUUUUAGAUUCACCGAUACACACAUUUACAUUUUUAAUUGCGUUUAACUUACAGACUAUUCGCACACAUAGAAAUAUAUCUCGAAAAAUUUUAUUUUAAUUAAAUUAUAUACUCGACUCUCUAUCGAUAUAUAUAUAUAUAUAUAUAUAUAUAUAUAUAUAUAUAUAUAUAUAUAUUAAAAACGUGUGCAAUGUCCAUCUUAACGAAGAUCUAAGUGUUCAUAAAAAUUUCUACGAAACUCGAUUACAGCGUACAGUUUUUAAUCAUACUCCGCUCGCGCUAUUUGCAGCACACGACCUUUUUAACGCACGAGAAUAUUCGAUUCUCGAAUUCUCGACUGUCAUUCGAAUAAUUUUAAUUUAGUUGUCAUCACACAUAUGAAUUUCUCUAGCAAUUCAUGUGUAUUUUGGUUCUUUUCCUUUGUUUCAUCAUUUUAUCUUUUUUUAUUCGUGUCAAAUUAAUUUCACUCCGUUUAUAAAUAAAUAUCAACGAUUUCCCCGGUAAAUGCCAUAAAUUCAGCAUAAUCAAUGCUGAAAAUCUGAAAUCCGUAACGCUUCAUCGAUUUCAGCGAAACUCGUAACGUUCCAGAGUUCAAGUCUCAAGUAUGAGCGUCGGAGUGUUCGAACAGCUGUUAGCCUUAGUCUACCAGUUCACCCCGAUGUGUGACCGCGAUCUUAUCUCUCCCAUUUAACGCAACGCGCUCUUUUCUAAUCGAUUCGAAACAAUGCGAAGGGCGUGCUGGCGGUGCUCGCACGAAUCGUGCGAAACAUUUUACGGUCCGACGAGCGGAGUUCCAAGCGUUUAAAUGCCAUUACAUCGGAGCCGCUUGACGUUCACAAUCGGCGCGGGUAUCCGAUAUCAAUGAUCUGCCGUUGACGGUUGACGAGCGCAACCCGGUCGCACCGAUUAAGUAUUCGCGUUCCACGGUGCUCUAUUAAUUGGCUUCAUGACAAUUACACCGAGCCGGCGAAUUGACGUACGGCGAGGGCUUCCCGUUUGCGGCGUCCGCAGAGGGAUCGAACGAACGUCUCGUUAUGUACUCGCCAUCAUUGGAAGCCCCACUUCCGGGCGACACGGUUCCAAUUUCCAUGCCGGCCGCUCGUCAACGGACGCCCAAAAGUGACGGGCAGGUGGACGGCCGUAACGGUAUACCUUCGUACAGUCGUUCGAUCCUCUAUCGAUUCGUGGCGCGCGCGAGUCAUUGUAAUUACCCGACCGACGACGAACCCUCUAACGUAAGCGUAAUUAGGCGGGAACGAGGUUACAACGACGCUAAAUUCGUCGCCCGCAACGUGAUCUUAAUGAUUCCACCCUCGUCCAGGGAUUCCCGACUUCUUAAUAAUUGCAAGAGGCUUUUACAACUUCCAAUAUUCAGUCAUUUCUGCGUGGAAAACAUUUCUUGUCCUGAAAAGAUUAUUUUUGUACUUGGAAUUAAAAAAUGUUUGGUAGAUACAAUUUCGUUGACAGUAACAUGUUUUUUCCUUGUGCCAAGCAAGAUGUAUCAGUAAGAAAGCAAACAUGCAAGCAGCAAUUAAAUGUUUUUGUUGCCGUUACGAAAUAUUUGGUUAAUCCAAUUUUAACCAAAUUUUGGCUUGGUGUACUAAAUUGUCGUUUCAGUAACAAAAUCCUUUUUGCAAUAUGCGUUACAGCAGUAAUGACAUUGUGUUGUGUAAUAAGUAAUCUCGGAUUUUUUAGGUAAAAAAACGAUGUCUUUUCUCUUCAUUGUUCUCUCUAGAAUUUCUCAGUUCUAAAUGUUAAAUAAGUACUUAUGUAUAUGUAAAGAUUAGAUUGACUUGUAAUGUGAUUACUUUUAUUAUUUUGUGAUUAUUUUGUGUAGAACUGAAGAAGAUUGAUUGAAUACGCUUAUUUGUUGUAAUGAGUGGAUUUCAAGAAAUUAUAAACGCUUGAACAUCCGCGGUUGGACUCUGAUAAAUCAAGUGAUGGUUCGUUUGGUGUACGUCUUGGAGCCAUAAUAUUCGUGAAUUUGAUUAUACUUUUAUAUAGUUUUGUAAAGUAAAAUAUGUGAAAAAUGGCAUAAGAUCAUGGAUUAAAACGGCGCAUUCCAUAAAAUCAUACUGACACAAAAAUAUGUACAAUCAUUUUAACUGUAAAAUUACUUAUUAUACGACCUAAUAUACAAAUAUUUAUAGAUU